UUCCGCUGACAGCGGAUGCAACAGCAGCAGCAGCAGCAAUGAAACAGCAACGGAAACAUAAAAUGCCGGAAAUAUGCUCAUGGCUAAUUGUUGCCGCUGCCGCCGUCUCGGCCAGCUGGUUGACCCUCUCGCGGUCUCUGGCCGCCGCACAGGACGCCCACGAUGCGGACAGCGAGAUGCAUCAGCAUCAUUUGGAUCUGUUGCACCAUCAGCAGCAGCAGCAGCAUUCCGAUUUCAUUAUCGGCGAAUCCGAGGAGCGGGAUCACAUAGCCCAUCAUCUGGCGGAAAUGCAAAAUCAUGAGGAGCUGCUGGAAGAUAUACGCGAGGACACCGUCGUCAACGUGAUACCCGAGAAAGUUUCCUCGUUAGAGCAUACACUAUUCGAUUUGCCCAAGUUUGGAGAACUCUUGCAGAACGUCACCGUGCCGGUUGGCCGUGAGGCUGUGCUUCAGUGUGUCGUUGACAAUUUGCAAACGUAUAAGAUUGCGUGGCUACGUGUCGAUACCCAGACGAUUUUAACGAUACAAAAUCACGUCAUAACCAAAAAUCAUCGCAUGAGCAUUACUCACGCCGAGAAACGUGCUUGGAUACUGCGUAUACGUGAUGUCAAGGAGUCCGACAAAGGAUGGUAUAUGUGCCAAAUAAACACGGAUCCGAUGAAGAGUCAAGUCGGCUAUUUGGAUGUUGUCGUGCCACCAGACAUACUGGACUAUCCCACCAGCACGGACAUGGUCAUACGCGAGGGGUCAAACGUAACCCUCAAAUGCGCCGCAACCGGGUCGCCAACGCCAACGAUAACCUGGCGACGCGAAGGUGGCGAGCUGAUACCACUACCCAAUGGAGCUGAGGCAAUCGCAUACAAUGGCUCGUUUCUGACCAUCGCCAAAGUGAAUCGCUUGAAUAUGGGCGCCUAUCUCUGCAUUGCCUCCAAUGGCAUACCGCCAACCGUUAGCAAACGCGUCAUGCUCAUUGUGCACUUUCCGCCAAUGAUUUGGAUACAAAAUCAAUUAGUUGGCGCCGCUUUGGCACAGAACAUUUCUCUCGAAUGCCAAUCGGAAGCAUAUCCAAAGUCCAUCAACUAUUGGAUGAAGAAUGAUACAAUUAUUGUGCCUGGUGAACGCUUUGUGCCAGAAACCUUCGAGUCGGGCUAUAAAAUAACAAUGCGUCUGACCAUCUACGACGUUGACAUUGCCGACUUUGGUGCCUAUCGCUGUGUGGCCAAGAAUUCGCUGGGCGACACAGAUGGUGCGAUCAAAUUGUACCAUAUUCCGCAAACAACAACAAUUACAACGAUGGCGCCCACUGUAUCGAUCAACACCGUGCCCGUCUAUAACGUCAAGUACAACAAGGAGCAACGCUACAGCAGCAACAGCAAUUCGAACAGCAAUAAUCCCUACAACUACAACAACAAUCCACAGAACAGCAACAGCAAGUCGCAGCGCAACAAGGGCAAAUCCUUGGAUCAGGCGCCAUCGACACUGAACAAUGUGUACAUGGGCGCCACGUCUAGCUUGUGGAACUCACAGGAUCAUCACUCGCCGGGCACAAGCCGGGGCAGAGAUCAUCACCAGCAGCAGCAGCAUCAGCAGCAGCAGCAUCAGCAACACCAGCAGCAGCAGCAUCUGGUGCCCGAUCAUGGCGCCACCUAUCGGUCGGAUGGCAAGAAUACGCCGUUGAAGCACGACGCCAAAUCGCUGACCGACGAAAUGGAUCGCAUGCAGGAUCUGAAGAGCUCAGCCGCUGUGCACAUACACAACAUAUUACACUCUUUGCUUAUCGUUGUCUACCUGGGGGCGUGGCAGGCCUAAGAAUUUAAGCGAGCAAUUAAGUAGUAAUCUGUACAAAAUAAUAAAACAGUUCGUAAAUCUAAGCUAAAUCAGUUGUAAGCAAUUAAUUCGAGAGAGAUUCGAUUCGAGAGCUAAAUGUAAAAAGUUGUUGUUGCUUAGCGCGUAAGUUGAAAAGGGUUUUCGUACACACACACGCACACAAAGAGACUUACACACACACACACACAGGCACUUAUAGACAAACACAUAAUGCAGACAGAUUUAUAAACAAACAACGGAACUACAAAGUAUUAGCAUGUAAAAUUGAGGCGAUUCGCAAAUU